AUGCGGUGUAAAGUCCUCGUCUAUGUCGGCCUCCUGGCUCUCAUAAAGCAUGGGUCUCCAAGAGAAAUUCAGGCCGGCCCAGAUGAUAAUGCAACCCUCCCUUGCAAUGUGACAUUCCCUGUUCCUGUGAACCAGUCUCUCAUCACUGUCAGCUGGAUAAGUAACGGCUCUGCUAUCGCCUCAUUCGGAAACGAGGCAACGCAAAUAAAGGAAGGCUUCUUCUGGCGCACCAGUGAUUUCAUCAGUGGAAACUUUUCACUGUACGUCCUCAGAGCUACUCUCGCUCUGCAGGGGGUGUAUGAAUGCACGGUCAGCUACAACUCCACCAUCCUGCACUCCAGCAACGUUACCUUCAGUAUCAUCGCUUCCCCCACUCUCUCAAUCCCUCAGCAGUGGGUGGUGUUAGAGACAGAGAGCCAGUUCAUAUGCAACGCAAAUGGUUUCUACCCUCCUCCUGUCUCUUUCUCCUGGACCAGAGACGGGCAGGUGGUUCAUCCUCCCCACCCGGUCGAAGGUGAACAGGCUCCAGACGGUUUCUACACGGCCGUGGGCAACUUGACCCUCUACCCGUCCCGUGAGGACCAGAAUGUGACCUUUGGCUGCAAAGUGUCACACAAUGGAAACAAUCAAGAGCUGGAUUUCCAACUCAACAUCACAUAUCUCCCGUCUGUGCGACUCUCUUCGUUGCCGUCGCACUCCAACAACAAUCCUCUCACUCUCUACUGUGACCUGGAGAGUUUCUACCCUGAGGAAGUGUCGGUGUCCUGGACUCAAAAUGGCACAAGCCUCCCCGAGCCCCCGGCCACUGAGCAAAACCCAGACGGGACCUACAGCACCAGAAACUAUUAUACUUUGAGCCCCGAGCAGAGGGAGCAGGGUGGGAAGGUGCAGUGCUUGGUGAACCAACCUGGGGUAAUUGUCCCAGUCAGCGGCUCGGCAGACAUGGAGAAACUGGAUCCACAAGAUGAGUCUCCGGUGUUGACGAAAUCCGCCAAAGCAUCUGUGGCUCUGAUGUGCAUUUCUAUCGUGCUGGUCUUCCUGCUCUGCUUCGGCUUUUCUUGGAGGAGAAGAGAUGAGAAGCAGAAGUCUCUCACCGUGUCGGGGAUCAUCCUCCCUCCACGUGUGAUCAUUGGUAAAAAGGGCCGAGUGACAGUGAGCAUCGAAGGCAGGAGAGUGGACCGAGUCCAGACAGCCUGGUUCCUCAAUAAUACCCCUAUCUCCGACACCUCAUUCACAGCAUCAGAGAAAGGCCCCCUGCUGCCCUCCAGAGGCGAGAUGGCGUACUACAAGCUGCACACCGAGGGGCCACUGCACUCGACUGGAAGUGGCACCCAGCAGCUGAUCUCCGCAAUGACCUUCAUGCCCCAGAUUUCAAUCCACAAGUCGGCAGUGUUCAAGUGUGAGGUCUCCUACAUUGGCAAGGACAAGAUCGUGGUGGAGAGGGUGUCCGAGAAGUUCACGAUUCUACAGUUAAUCCCCUCAAUGUAAAACAUUCCUGGUUGUGAGAAGCUCCAUCCCUCACAUCUCUAUCCUGCAGAUGUCAUCAGCAUGACAGUACGGGCAACACAUUUCCAUCCGGACGUCAUCACCUUCCGCUGGUUCUGUCAGGGCGGUGAGCUGAGCCCCGUGGCCUCCCAGGCCUCGUCCUCCCCGAGGCCCAAUUCGGAGGGUUUCUUUUCGGCCUACAGCCAGUGCAAGUUGCCCCAGAGUGAACUGGAAAAGGGAGGAACUAAAGUGUGGGUCAGUGUCCACCACAUCGCCCUGAAGCAGCCAGUCACCCGCGAAACCAGAGGCUUCAUGAGGAGGCCGUGCGUGUCCGAAAUCUUCAGCUCCGCCUCUUCCCCGGAUCAGACUUCAACCUUGGGAUGUGAAAUCACAAAUUUCUACCCUCCGAACGUCGCAGUGACUUGGCUGAAGCUCAGAGAGGGAGAGCAGGACGACAGGGAGGAGGAGGUGGUCGACGGAGGAGAGCUGUGGGGCCCCUUACAGACUCAGCCCAGAAUCUACAGGGCCACAGCCUUUCUGAAGAGGAGGGCAACAAGUCAGGGGAAGAAGGAGAGACGAGGAGGGAUUAUGUGCAGGGUGGAGCACUGUUCCCUACAGGAGCCCAUUGAGAGGCAGUGGAAACAUGUUGACAUUGAAACAAAAGCUGCUGUUACGGACCCUGACGCCGAAGGGAUCGAGUACAUUGACGAAAAAGUGGACGGAGAGAACAACAACAUUGAGAGGGAUGAGGACAUGAACGCGGAGGUGGACGAGGACAGCGACAGAGAGGCGGUGGACGACUCGGGCGCGUUGCACAUCAACAGAGUCAACCUGAGCAAAGGCCCCAGAGAGAACGAGCGAGCGUGCAUGAGAGUGUGCGUGGAGAUCACACACCCGGCCCUCAAGCUUCCUGUUUAUCGAACGUGGACAGAGCCCAAUGAGGAAAUGUCCUACUCCGCAUGA